UUCUGGCCUGGGCAAGCUGGUCCAGGGUCAGAAGACUCGGAGCAGUUGUGGCUAUGUUGCAGUGUGGCUCCCGGCGCCUUAGCUGUCUGCGCGCUGCUUUCCGGGCCCUGGCUCAGACCGACCGCCGGAGCGUCUCCUUAUGCAUCGAUCGGUCUUACUGUGUAGCCGUGAAUAUUCUGGGAACUCCCUAUGUAGGUCCCGCUGGCCUCAGACUCACAGAGAGGCACCUGGAUGCUGGCAUUAAAGCUUCCUUGGGACUAAAUGAAGAACAGAAGGAAUUUCAGAAAGUGGCCUUUGACUUUGCUGCUCGGGAAAUGGCUCCCAAAAUGGCAGAGUGGGAUCAGAAGGAGCUGUUCCCUGUGGAUGCGAUGCGGAAGGCUGCACAGCUGGGCUUCGGGGGGAUCUACGUACAGACAGACGUGGGUGGGUCUGGACUGUCUCGCCUCGAUACGUCUGUCAUCUUUGAAGCCUUAGCCACAGGCUGCACCAGCACCACUGCCUAUAUAAGCAUCCACAACAUGUGUGCCUGGAUUAUUGAUAGCUUUGGCAAUGAGGAACAGAGGCACAAAUUUUGCCCGCCGCUCUGUACCAUGGAGAAGUUUGCUUCCUACUGCCUCACUGAACCAGGAAGUGGGAGUGAUGCUGCAUCUCUUCUAACCUCAGCCAAACGACAAGGAGAUCAUUACAUCCUCAAUGGUUCCAAGGCCUUUAUCAGUGGGGGUGGUGAGUCAGACAUCUAUGUGGUCAUGUGCCGAACUGGAGGAUCAGGCCCCAAAGGCAUCUCGUGCAUAGUGGUUGAGAAGGGAACCCCUGGCCUUAGCUUUGGCAAGAAGGAGAAGAAGGUGGGGUGGAACUCACAGCCAACCCGAGCAGUGAUCUUUGAAGACUGUGCUGUUCCUGUGGACAACAGGAUUGGGAGCGAGGGGCAGGGCUUUCUCAUCGCCAUGAAAGGACUGAACGGAGGAAGGAUCAAUGUUGCAUCCUGCUCUCUUGGGGCUGCUCAUGCUUCAGUUGUCCUUACCCAAGAGCACCUCAAGGUCCGGAAGCAGUUUGGAGCACCUCUAGCCAGAAACCAGCACCUGCAAUUCCAGUUAGCAGACAUGGCCACCAGGCUGGUUGCCUCCCGGCUGAUGAUCCGAACUGCGGCAGUGGCUUUGCAGGAGGGGCGGGAUGAUGCAGUGGCCUUGUGCUCCAUGGCCAAGCUCUUUGCUACGGAUGAAUGCUUUACUAUCUGCAACCAGGCUUUGCAGAUGCACGGGGGCUAUGGCUACCUGAAGGAUUAUGCUGUUCAGCAGUAUAUGCGGGACGCCAGGGUCCACCAAAUCCUAGAAGGUAGCAAUGAAGUAAUGAGGAUGCUGAUCUCUCGAAGCCUGCUUCAGGACUAGCUCCCAAACUGAGAGUCUAGCCUGGGUUCAUGUGCAGCCACCGUCAGUGUUGAGUGCUCAUACAGGUUGCCCAGUUGCAAGUGGAUCCUGGAGUAGGUUGAGGAGCUGCACUCUUCUGACAGAACCUGAGUCGUUAGCAGCAGUGCUGGUGCUAAGACAGGGACAGGUUUCUCAGGGCUGGAAGGGCCCUGAGGAGCCACACCAGGAGACCUGCCACCUGCUUUCCUCAUUCUGGAAAGACAAACGGUCGGCGCUAUGACUUGGAUCCAUGCUAUGCAGUUUGCUGAUUUCUGUCUUAGGGUCUGGGUACUUCAAUGAAGCUUUUCCUGAUUGUAGAUGCAAAGUGUGGGCAGGCAAGGGCAGUGGACAUCCUGUUUCUGUUCGGCACUGGCAGGGGCUCAGGACAGCACUCCUGAACUCAGAUCAUGAUUAUUUGGGGACCUACUGUUAAGCUAUGAAUUAGGGUAUUCCUUUACUCCUGCCAUCAUGUAAUAAAUGUCAAGGGCUAAGGUUAUUUGGAACACUUGAAUUUUUAUAUGGGCUUUUAUUUCCUCUUUUUAAGUACUUUUAUUAGUACCUUGGUAAAUAAAAUCUACCUCUUUACUAUCUCUUUCAA